GCUGCUGGACCACAUCUCUGAGGGAAGCAAGGAGGGUCAGGAGGGGAAGAGGAGUGAAAGGAGUGAGGAAGGCCGGAGGAGGAGAGUACAGAAGUCAGACGGUGGUGGACAGAGAGGGAGGGAGAGAGAGAGAGAGAGAGAGAGAGACUCGGAGGUGCAGUUUCUUGCUGCUGAAGGGAAAAAGCAGAAGUUUGGAAGCAGAAAUGGGACCGGCCGCCACCUCGCUCGCUCUGCUGUGUUUGUGCUCUCUGGGUGUGUGUGUUCCUACUGGGACGGCCGACGCUGCACCGACACAGGCACUUGUGUCAGAGGUGAAGAAGACGAGGGGCGAUGUUCCGGACAUUCUUCCAGAGCCUGAACCAGAACCGACCAACCCGGUGUCAGACUUUGAGAACUCAUACAACUACGUCUUGUCCAGACUAGCAGGUAUGGACCAGGCAAUCCAUAAGCUGAAUGUUGGUCACUACACCCUGGAUGUUAAAGUCAGCCAGCUGAUGGACCGUCUGUCCAGGAUGGAUUCUAAAGUCGGGGAGCUGGAGGACAGCAUCCGGGAGGUCUAUCAGCACAGCAAGGACAACCGCAAGGAGAUGGGAAGACUGGAAGGUUGCCAGAAGGGACGCAGGGUGGGAUACAAAUGUUAUCUGGUCUACAAUAGCUACGAGGACUACGCCGGAGCGUCCAGGAAGUGCAUGGAGCGUGGCGGCCGCAUGGCGAUGCCCCGCGACCGCAAAGAGCAGGAGGCGCUGGCCGACUACGUCAAAUCCUUCUUCCACCCGGGGAACUGGCCCGUCUGGCUGGGCAUUAACGACCUGCGAUCUGACGGCAUGUACGUCUUCGAGGACGGGACGCGGGUCUCAUACUUCCAGUGGCGCAAGCACUUCCUGUCCAGCCAGCCGGACGGAGGGAGGCGAGAGAACUGUGUGGCGAUGUCGUCGGACGACGGCGACUGGUGGGACCACUACUGCGAUCGGGCCAUGAACUAUCUGUGCGAGUUUGACGACAGAGUGGCACUUUAAAAAAAUGAACUCUUUGCAAAAUAGCUGUACUCUCUCACUGCCUUACUACUACCUUACACUUUAUAUUUUUAAAUAACUUAUUUGGCUUUAAAGACACUUUCCUCAACCUAAAGAAUAGAAAGUUUCAUCUUGUCACCUCUGACCUGCUGUGAUGUCACCGUGUACCGACACACCCUGGAGUACACGUCUACAUCACUGCAGGAAGGUGAAAGGUCAAACCACCGGAGGUCAGCAAAAACAAGAUUUUCAGGGUUUAAGUUCCUCUUUAAAGUACAGACAUGAGACUAACCGUGUUCAUUUCUACAUAGAGUAGAAACUUUUUUAAUACAAAUAUCUGUUAGGAUUUAAUUUCAGUUGGACCAGAAUUGUUUACAGCAUGAUAAAAAAAACAUUUAAAUAGAAUGUUAGGUUUUUACAAUGAAAUAUAUAUUUUUAAAUGCGCACAAAUUAUUACUCUGCUAUUUAUCUUGAUUAGGGAGGAUUAUUGAUGCAGCUGCAGUGAUAUGAAUGUAAGCCAGUCAGGACUCAGCUGUGAUUUCACACUUGGAAUUCAAAAUAUUUGUUCAAGUCUCCAAAAAAGGGAAAUGAAAAGCCGGGAGGCACGUCUGGAAGACUCAGCACGCGUCGGACCUCCUGAAGAUAUAAAUCAGCGUGUAUUUGGGUUUAACAGGAAUUAAGCAACACUUCUCUUAUACUUCUGAUCUGAUGAAACUGUUGUUUGAACAAAGUCUGGGUGCCACUUUCCUGUUAAUCUGCUGAUUCCUCAACAUAUCUGGCCAGUGCAGACCAGCGUUUCGAUCUCAUUGCUGAGUCCGCUUUAACUCUCCCAUUAUAUAAAAACGAGAAAACUGUAAAUAAAAGGCUGAAUGUAAAUGUUUUUCACAAAUCUUUACUAAAGACUGACACAGUUUACAGCAUCAUUUUCUGAAAAAAAAAUGUUCAAAAGGGUAAAACAAUGAUUUGCAACGAUGAUUUUUUUGAUACUGGUGCUGAUAAUAAAAUGAUACCUUUUUGAUAUCUUACUUUUUUUUUCCAAGGACUCCUCUUUCAUUCAGUUAGAUGUUGUCUAAAUACCUGCAACCGUACAAGAACUUUGUCUAAAAAUUGGCUAAAUUGUGAUUUAAAUCAGGAUCAAUCUAACCAGAUGUUCGAUUACAAUUUGAUACUCGAUGUUCUUCUUCUACUUGAUCGGUAACAAAAAGGCAUUUAAAGGUUCAAAGAUCAAAUCUAUAGCAGAGCAGCAAUAUCUUUGUACUGUAAAAAUCCUAAAGUACAGUCUACAAACCAACCUGCAUUAAAAACAGAGGACGCAGCAGCAAAGAUUUCUCUUCUCAUCAUUUCUACAAGCCAUGAAGUUGGCAGUGAUGACACCAUAUUACAUAAUUUAUGAGUAAUAAAGUCAUUUGUACCUAAAUUUAAACACAUGAGGACACCGAAACACCUUUAACGUAAACCUUGAUAAAUGCUGAACAUUCAAGAUCUGGUUACAAUUGCAAAUCAGUGAAACAUUUAUAUAAUAUAAAAUUAAAAAAAAAUGAAUUACAUUGUAUUCCAGUUGUACUAUUUAUUUUAAAAUGCUGCCAUUACAACACCGGCACAACAAAAGAAGAGCAGUCGUCUUUUCCGCACAGUUUAGCAUCGGUCACGCCUCUUCAUGAUGUCAUGAGUGUGAGACGUGACGUCAUUAACGUGAGUCAAAGAGCCGCUCUUCCUCUGUGGUGUCAGUGCUGUUAAAAUAGAAACCUCUCUAAUCCCUGACGUAACCCGGGCUCAGUGCGUCUGUCGCAGU